GGGGCUCUGGGCUCGGGGCACCGUCCGGGGCCCGAGAUCGCGCGCUCCACCCCCCCCCCCAGCCGGCGUUUCCCUCCAACCGCACCCGGCGGAUGUCCUGAGCUCGCUCCCCGCGGUCUCUCUGCGCCCCGGCUCCGGCCCCUCGACCCCGGGGGCUGCUCCGGGGAAGUUGGGGCCAGGCGGGCCCGGUAUGCGCCAUCACCAUGGACUCGUGGCUCGGUGAUGUCCAAUGGUUCGUUUUGGUGUCGCUCUUCGUCGCGGCCCUGGGCACGGUGGGCCUGUACCUGGCGCAGUGGGCGCUGGCCAGGGCGCGACCCCCUCCCCGGCCGCAGGCCGAGCCGCGGCGCCCGCAGUCCGACGCGCUCCUCUCCUGGAUCCUGACGCUGGACAGCUGGAGGAGCCAGUGGCAGGCGGCCUGGGUGGCCGCCCUGAACGAGGAGGCUGCCAGGAGAGGGGGUCCCCCGCACCUCUCCUUCCAGCUGGACCCGUGGCCACAACCCCUGCAGCUGGCAGUCUGGGACGUCUCGAGCGUGGUCAAGUCAGCCCAGGAGAAGGUGGUGGUCUGCCACGCGGUGGGCGAGACCCUUCAGUUCCUGGUCAGCACAGAGCCUGCCUCAAUGGCAGACUCAGGAAGCCAGCUGUAUGAUGUGCGCCUCACCCCGUUCCACUUACAGCUGGAGUUCCACCUGGAAGAGGAGAGAGAGGACGUCCAGAUCAGAUGGUCCCUCAUCCGUGUGUCAGAAACCGCCAUUAAGAUUCAGCCCCGAGCCCCAGGGGAGGUGCUCGAGGCCAGCGCCCUGUCCGAAACCCUCAAGGAUCUGCUCGGGCGCCUGGUUAGCGCCAGCUCUCCGUCAGUGGUUCUGAGCACCAGAACCACGGGUGUCAAGGAAGCUCAGAAUCCUCAGCGUGCUUCCUCUACUGCUCAGGAACCCUGCCCUCCCAAACCCCCAAGGGCUCAUGAACUCAAAUUACAGGUGAAGAACGUCCGAGCCACACUGCUGACUGGCCCUGGUGCUUCAGGCAGCGUUAACGCUGUUUGCAUCGCCCAGCUGAAUGAUCCGGCCCAGAGGUUCACCAGCACCUUAGUGAGAAACACUACUGACUUCUCCUGGGAGGAGGAAUUCACCUUUGAGUUGAAUGCCAAGUCCAGGGAGUUGUGCCUGCAGGUCUCAGAGGACGGGUGCUCCUCAGAAGGUCUGUUGGCUACAACCUCCGUUCCCCUGGACUUAUUCAGGAAGCAGCCUUCGGGACCACAGAGCUUCGCUCUGACCAGUGGGCCGGCAGCUCGUAACACCGUGCUGGGCUCCGUCACUGCAGAGUUUUAUUACAUAGAACCCAGUGAGGUGAAGUCCUGGUCAGCCCCUCUCCCUGUUCCUGCUGCCAAGAUAGAAAAGGACCGCACAGUGAUGCCGUGUGGGACUGUGGUCACUACUGUCACUGCCGUGAAGACCACGCCUCGCUUUGAUGUGGGACGGGCGUCCCCGCUGAGCUCAGAGUCUCCUGUGAAGACACCCAUCAAGGUGAAGGUCAUUGAGAAGGACAUCUCUGUCCAGGCCAUCACAUGCCACAGCGCGCCUGUCAGCAAGACAUUCUCCUCGUCAGAUACAGAACUGUUGGUGUUGAAUGGUUCUGAUCCAGUGGCUGAGGUCGCCAUUCGGCAGCUCAGCGAGUCUUCCAAGCUGAAGCUCAAGUCUCCGCGCAAGAAGAGCACGAUCAUCAUUUCAGGGAUUUCCAAGACCUCACUAUCUCAGGACCAGGACGCUGCCCUCAUGCUGGGCUAUGCAGCCUCCAUGGACAGCGCCCAGCAGGGGGAUGCCCCGUGUGCCCCGUGCCCGCCGGAGGCAGCCACGGCCUCGGCGCCACCUGUAGAAGAUGAGCCAGCUGAGAGCAUGCCUGCCCUCGAGCCCCAGGAGGACGAGGUGGACCCCUGGGACCUGGAGACGCAGCGCCCCGCAGCCGCGUGGAGCGGCGCCGCCCUGCCAGAGCCCGAGGCAGACGAGCUGUCUGAGUGCUCGCUGAGCGCCUCCGACCUCGGAACUGCCAAGAAGCAUAAAGGAGGAAUUCUGAGGAAAGGCGCCAAGCUCUUCUUCCGCCGGAGACACCAGCAGAAAGACCCAGGCAUGAGCCAGUCACACAAUGACCUGGUAUUCCUGCGGCAGCCAGAGGGCACGCGGAGGAAGGGCGCGACCUUCAGCCGGCUCCUCAACAAGAAGCUGCUCACCAGGCACAGAGGCAAAGCCACCAUGAACGGAGCCCCCAGGGAGCCCUGCACGUAGCCUAAAAAGCUGGAGGGUGGGAACCACGAUGGCUCUUUCAGGACAUAAGGGGUCGGCUGGCAUCACAUACCCACUUGCCAAGCUUGGUCGCUCCCCGCCCCCUCAAAAAAACAACCAGGCUUUUAAAGGGAGAAAACAAUCUAUCUCCAGCCAGGAGGCUUCCCCAAAGAGGACUGAACCAGUCCAGUGGGAGACCGGCUGCCAGCAAAGGGCGGGUGUGAGGGGUUCAUGUUAGCGCCUCCACACUCUGACAAGGGCUGCGUGUGGUCUGCAUCUGGACCGCAGCACAAGGAAGAGAUGUCCCUCUGGGCUGUCACUUAUGAACGGGAUGGUCACCUUACCUCACAUGCUGCUUAAAAUUAAAAAGUGCUCCUGGCCUUGGGGGUCUGGGGGUGGGGUGGAAUAUAGGCAGGAUUUUUUUGUAAUCCAGGAAGAAAUUAUGAUAGGAAUGGAAAUGCUUUGCCAAGUAUAGGAAGGCAGUCGCCUUGAACAUUAGCCAUAGAAGUUGGAAGCUUAUGCAAACACUAAGUCAGUCCUAUGCAUCUUACGCUCAACACUUUUCCAAGUUGACCUGGAGCCUACUUGCAAUUGACGGUGGAUACCGUCAAAUGUGGCUUCCUAUCUUUUUCACGUUAGAGGCUGUCUGUACUCCUGGGUACACAAGUGCACCACAGGCCCAUCAGAGGACAUCAGGAGCAGUGAGCGACAGCUCAUAGGACAGGACCACAUACAUAUGGCUCUUGCCAGAUAUGGCCAACAGCCAAAACAAAGUGCUUGUAGAGCCGUCGAGGAAAUCAUUCUCCUUCUCAGGUGUCUAUCUUAGGAAUGGAAGCUUAAUGACAAGUGGGCCAAACGUGCGUGCAGUUCUUUGUAUGGACACUCCAAAAUUCCACUGGGAACAGGGCGUCUGCGAAAUUUUGGGGGUGACCUCGUUUGGUGUCCGAUGGCAAAAAUGAUAAACCUGGCACCCAACUUUAAAGUAUCUGUAUCCAUAGAUCACUGUCCUGGGCAUACCUGGCUCCGCGGGGUCACCUGCGGUCCCACAGCGCCCUGCUUCUGUUGAUCGUGUUGAAGCCAGUGUGCCUGCUCAGGGGCUCUCACUGGGGUGAGGUGUUUGGACUGUUUGGUAACAUUCGUUUUCCUCCUGUUUUAAUGUUGAAAAGGCUGAUAGGAAAAUCUGACUUCUACCCUGGAUGUGAAAUUGAGUAAGCGCCUUCCCGUGGCCUCUUUGUUAUUCCUUAAAAGCAUGUAUUUCCGGGGGAAAAGAGUCAUUGAUUGAGCAAAAAUCUUCAUAAGCCAAAGUUAUAGGAAUGUUUUACUUUUUUUUUCUUUCCUGUUUUUGAGGAACAGAGCAGAAAACUACAAUAGAAAUUUUACCUUUUUUGUGGCAAUACUUGGGAUUAAUCCAUGGGCCUUGAACAUACUGGGCAGGCCCAAAUCAUCUGUCACAUCCCUAGUCCUUUGGUCACUUUCUUAAAAUUUUGAGACAGGGUUGCCCAGGCUGGCCUUGAACUCUCUCUAGCCAAGCAGGACUUGGAUCUAUGAUCUUCCCACCUUAGCCUCCCAAGUGGCUGAGAUUACAGGCCAUUUACUUUCAAAUAAACAUUAGACCUUUUUUUGGGGGGGGGGGGCUAGAUGUGGCACACACCUGUAAUCCUGGCAUUUAGAAGGCAGAGGCAGAAAGACUUUUAGCCAGCCUAGUUUACAUAGUGAGACCCUUUCCCCAUCUCUAAAUAAAUUUGAUCAAGGAAAACCCUAAGGUGCUGUAGGAUUCAGGUGACUUCAAAGUGGGUUUCCUAAGUCACACUUCGCUUUUGAAGAUCACAUACUCAUGUUAAUCACUGCAGUCACUGGGUUACUUUGAAGUGGGUCCCCAAAGCCAGUCAGCACAUGCUGCGUUCUCACAGCUCUCUCGGGAAUGGAGGUCACUUACACGCUCAGCUUUGCUUGAAGCGCAGCUGUCCUUUCAGGUGGCGUAUAGAUGGUGACAUGCAAGAACUCUAACAGGCAAUUGUAAUGUCAGAAGUUCACGCUCUGUGAUAUCAGACAUUUUCCAUACAGGCUUAGUAUCCCUUAUCCAACAUGCUUGGGGCUGGAAGUGUUUCAAAUGAAUUCUUUUCGAUUUGGAAUAUUUGAAGUAGAUGUUACCAGUUGAGCAUCCCCAGUCCAAAAUGCUCAGAAAUAGGAAGCUUUUUGAACUAUAUAAUGGACAGAAUGUUUCAGGUUUGGGGACUUUGCGUGGGAAGUGCCUCCACCUACGUGGGUGUGAUUGAUGAGUUUGGUUUUGAAACUUAGGUUCAACAUAUUCAAGUAUGAAGGUCAGAAUUUUAGGUUGUACUUUUUCACUGUCAACAAAAAAAAAAGGCAAAAGGUUUUUAACUAUCCUAGUCCCAAAUAACCUCUUGAGCAUCCCUUCCUGUGCCACACCCACGCCGAGGGCAUUUCUCUCUCUGGACAAACGGGGCACGUCUCCAUCCUUGGCUUUUCAUUCCAAGAACACAGUGCCACAGAUAGUUCAGGGGACAUCGGAAGCAAACAGGUGGCCUCAAGGAGUGCCCUGUCCCCAUACUGUGAACUCUCCUUUCCAGCUGUUUAUCCAUAUCUGUUUUUUCACAGUGUAAGAUAUUUAUGUUAAAGUGACUGUCAUUAAAGGUAAAGCCUGAUUAAGACUAUGCACCAAACGCCAACAGCACUGGUGGCGAGGCUACCUCUGUUCCUUGACCUGCUCCGCACACUAUGGUGGCUUCAGCUUUUGUCUUGGGGUCUUGGUGGAGCGCUGGCUUAAGAGCGACCCUUGUGAACACUAAUAUUGCUGUGUGUUUGAAUCUGGAAGCCUAUCUCGACUUGGGUAGAGUGAGUAGGGCACACUUCCCUAUUGCUGUGAUUAAGAAUGUAUACGGAUGGAACAAGAGGUGUGUGUGUGUGUGUAUAUGCGUGUGUGUGCAUUAAUGUAGCAAUAACAAAAUGUGGGCUCUUUUCGCUCAGGUUGAAAACCUGCUGUGAGCAAAAGGGUUUAGACCGGCACUUUAUUUUAAUUUAAGUUCGAAACCAGCCCUGCUUCCUGGCUACCGUGACCGGGCCGUUCACUGCUGCCCAGUUACAGAUCAGGUAUCUUGUCAAAAACUUUUUUUCUUGGGUCUCACUUCUCAAGCAGAAAGGGAAAGAUUUUACUGCUGCCACCCAACGCAUUGCUGUCUGGGUAAUAAACUUGGGGCUUUGGUCUUGAACUCUUGGAGAACAAGUUGCUGGAUACUGGAAGUCAAAAUGUGCAUCUGUUACACAGAAACAGGUCUGGAUACCGACCCGGACGCCACCACGUGCUCUCUCCACUGCCCCAGACCAGCUAAGAAUUAGUCACCAAAACACCCUCAUAGGGACACGGCAACCAAAGCACCCUUCCAGGGACAUGGACACCAUCAAACCCAAAGAACAAGCCCAGAUCGCCUCUGGUUUUUUAUGUAAGACAUCCUUGUUUGAUGUGUAAAAUUUGGAAACAGUGAGCAAUGAUUUGCUCUGCUGACCACAGGGUCGUGGCACAUGGCUUCUCCCGGGGGCUUGUUGCCCAAGCACCUCCACCCACCAGGUCAGAUAAAACCCAUACUGCAGGUGUGUGCCAAGGGCUGGCAUGGUGGCAUGUGGUGAUGGGGGUCCACGACAAUGAUUGUAUUCCUCGGUGGCACUUUAGAAGCAGGCGUCACCCUACAUGAACUGUGCCCUCAGCCCUGUGUUCCUUCCUCUGAAGAUACGUGGCUAGAACCUUACCAGGCUCAAGAAAUAAAUGUGCCCACGGAACACCUUGGACCAAGUUGUUUUUGCUGCGUCCUGUGUUGUCCAGAGAGAUUCUCUGAUGUCCAAAUCCCAGCCAACUCUGUCCCUCUGCCGUCAUUCCUGGCUACAGCACUGUCCCUGCACGGUCUGUGUGGGCGACCAUCCAGGCUAAGGACUUCAGUCCUUUACUGUAGGAAUUUAGCAGCUGCAGUGGUCUCCGAGGGAAGGGUGAGCUGUUGGAGUUGCAAGCCAGGGACAGCAGGGCCUAGGAUGGCCCAUGGGAUGCCCCCUUAUGCAGGUCAGGGCUGGAAGGAAUCAAGAAUGUGUCACCUGUUGGGGGUUGCCGCAGGUCCCCACAUGAUUCACGAGGACCUGAGAGUGCUGCCUGGGAGGAGAGGCAGGGAAAACGUUCCUCAGCCCAUGGGGUCCUAUAGUCAGUGCCCCCCCCCAAUGGCACAGGUGGGGGCAGAGGGGACAGGUGCCUGGUCUAUAGGCAAACAUAUCCUGUGCCACCUGUUGCAGCUGCUUUGACCCCUCCGUGGUUAUCGGUUUCUAUGGUUUCCUUGGGACUCAUUCCCCCAUGACGUGCGUUUGGAGACCUGCUUACUGGAGGAUUCCAGGUCCUGCCCCUAAAUGCCCCUCACUCUUCGGCCCUGUUAUCCUGUGUGUGUAGGUGACCCGUUACUGACACUUGCCCUUGAGAACAAGUCAUGCUUUGCAUGGAGGUGACAUCUGCUGUGGAGAGGCCUCACCUCUUCGGGAACAGCCAUGUCCCGGUUCUGACCCCAGAUCCUUGUCUCUGCAUGGACAGCCACGUUCCCUGGUCCAAGCCCAGAUCCUCAGCUGAGUUCAGUGCAUAGGACAUAGUGACAAUGGCCAUGCCUGUGUCUGGGACGAGAGUGUGUUAGGAUGGGGAGAAGUGGGACCGCAGGCUCCUGUGGACCAGUGGGAUCUCUUUUGUGUUGACAUCUCAAGAGGAGACCAGAAAGCCAGGCUGGUCAUAAUGUACCAGCUUUCCAAAAUGAUUGCUACUCACUCCGUGGGGUGUUUGAAGCCAGAGGAAACCAGUACAAAGUGAGAUGUCAGAAGGCAGUUUUCUUCAAAAUAGUCGUUUUCUUAUCCUUGUAUUUUUAAAAAUCGUUUAUUUAUUUGAGAGAAAGAGGUGGGGAUGAGGGGGAGAGGACAGGUGCACCAGGGCCUCCAGCCACAUCAAACAAACUCCAGAUGCAUGUGCCACUUCAUGCAUGUGGCUUUAUGUGGUUACUGGGGAAGUGAGUUCAGGUCGUUAGGUUUUGCAGGCAAGCGCCUUAACUGCCGGGCCAUCUCUGCAGCCCCAUGAUCUUUGUAUUUGGUAGAUCAAGAUGAUUUGGGGCUGGAGAGAUGGUUCAGUUUCCUGCACAAGCACAAAGGCCUGAGACCACUGAGUUUUAUGCCCAGAACCCACACAAGCAGCUGGGCACAGCCAUGCACAUCUAAAGUCUUAGCUCUUCUGGGAGCAGGGACUGGAUACCUAGAGGAUCACUGGGGUUCAGAACCGGUGAAGAGACUCUGUCUCAAGGACACAAGGUAGGCAGUGGGGGGGGGGGUACCAGCAUUCUCCUCCAAUUCCCACACCUGCAGUGCACCAGCACACACGUGCACCCCACCCUUGACACCCACUACACGCAUGGACAAACAAAGCCUUAAAAAUGAUUUCAGUGCAAUGUUUUCGUUGUUGCUGUUCACUGUGAAUGCUUUCUCAGACACUCAAGAAACCACGUGUUUCCUUUCUGUGACGUUAUAUGCCCCUCAUUUUUCUGUUGUGUGCUAUCUUACUGAUUCAUAAAACCUCUCAUAUAUGGUGAA